AUGGUGUGAUUGGGUAGGUGCUUGAGAAUCUGAAAACCAAACCCCUAAACGUCAGCGAACGAUUCCCCAUUUUUUUGUCUCAGGGAGAGAGAGAGAGAGAGAACAAAGGCCAUGGCAUCUUCGAAGCUCCAAGCACUUUGGAACCACCCAGCAGGGCCUAAAACCAUUCACUUUUGGGCACCAACUUUUAAAUGGGGCAUCAGCAUAGCCAAUGUUGCUGACUUCUCCAAACCACCUGAAAAACUUUCAUAUCCUCAGCAACUAGCUGUUACUUGCACUGGAAUUAUUUGGUCACGUUAUAGCACUGUAAUCACCCCGAAGAACUGGAAUCUUUUUAGUGUAAAUGUUGCAAUGGCAGGGACAGGGCUCUACCAACUUUCACGCAAAAUAAAGCAAGAUUAUUUCCCUGACGCUGAGGCAGCUGUUGCCAAAGAAUGAUGAUGAAAAUUUCUUAGCCUCCCUUUUGUGUCCUUGGGUGAAGGCCCCCAUAUUGCCUCACCUUGCAGUUAAUACAAGUUCUUCAACAUGGGAAAUCAUGCUUGUCUUCUUUCAAAUUAGAUGGUUAAAUUAUGCUAUGGAGUGGGAAUUUGUAACUUUGUUGAUUGUCGUUGUACUAGUAAACAUAUUAGAAAUAAGUGAGCAUUUGAAAAUCCAAGUUUCCCAAUUUGAUGAAUAAGAUUUUAUUUUGAUAUUUCUGUAAA